GUCACGCCUGCCUCCUCUCCUGACCCUCAUUAGCAGCCGCCUCUCCCCACAUCAUCCCCGGCCAGCGCCCCAGCCCAGGCCUCUUUUGUGCUCCCAGAUUCCUGGGUGCAAGGUGGCCUCAUUAGUGCCCGGAGACCGCCCCAUCUCCAAGGAGCAGGCGGACAGACAAGGGGGGCACCAGAGGCACGGCAAUGCAACUCCAGCCUCUGGGUGCCUUGGCGGCCAUUCCUCGGGCCCAGCCUGGCGACGGCCCCCCUGUGGGAGGCUAAUCUUAGACUUGCCUUUGUCUGGCCCCAGUGUGGACGCGAGUGCCUGUCCCCCCCCCCCCACCACCUCGGAGCACUAUAAACCCCAGGCUCCUGGGGGCGGGUAACAGUCGACAGCCUCAAAGUUCCUAGCUAGCCGGACCACUGCCGACGACACCAUUCCCUGCUACUCCACUCUGAGCUCCAGACAUCAUGAGCCCUCCCUCCACAAAGGUCUCCUGGGUCGCCGUGACGCUGCUGCUGCUGCUGCUCUUACCGCCCGCGCUGCUAUCGCCCGGGGCAGCGGCGCAGCCCCUGCCCGACUGCUGCCGCCAAAAGACGUGCUCCUGCCGCCUCUAUGAGCUACUGCACGGCGCCGGCAAUCACGCGGCCGGCAUCCUCACUCUGGGCAAGCGGCGGCCCGGCGCCCCAGGCCUACAGGGCCGGCUGCAGCGCCUCCUGCAGGCCAAUGGCAACCACGCAGCCGGCAUCCUGACCAUGGGCCGCCGCGCCGGCGCAGAGCCAGCGCCGCGCCCCUGCCCCGGGCGCCGUUGUCCCGCGGCGGCCGUCUCUUCUGUUGCUCCUGGGGGACAGUCUGGGGUCUGAGGCCGUGCCUAGGCUAUGACCUGGCCCUACCCUCUCCCCAGUGCACUCCUGGUGUCAGCCCCCAGAAAAAAAAAGAGGGCAAUAAAGACAAGUUUCCGUUAA